UAUACACCGAUAGGUUUGAGACUGAUCGGAGGAAGUUGGCCUGGAGAGGGCAGAGUGGAGAUCUAUUACAACGGUACCUGGGGAACGGUUUGUGACGAUAAUUGGGAUGAAAAUGAUGCUCGAGUUGUCUGUCGUCAACUUGGGCAUCCUUCUGCUGUCAGUGCUCCAAACAGUGCACGGUUUGGUGAAGGAAGCGGAAAGAUUUGGCUGGACGAUGUUCAGUGUCAGGGAAAUGAGAGUUCCAUUGCCAGUUGUCGACACCGUCCAUGGGGUGAGCAUAACUGUGGACACAAUGAGGAUGCAUCAGUGAUCUGUUCAAGUAAGCGUAAUAAUAAAUAGAUUGUAAUUUAUAAUUAUGAUUUAAUAGCUUUUGUUAGAGUUGAGCCGAAUGUCAAUUACAAUGGACCAUCUCGGGACACCUCCGUAUUGAAGGGAAAAUUCAGGGGAGUCUCAGUGUUAACGUACAUGUAACCUUUUAAUUUGUUACAUCUUUUGAAGGGACGUCUCUAUUAAGGGAAAGGAACACUUUUUCUGGGUCCCGAAACCCGGCCUUAACCUCCAUUCAAGGGACAUUUUAAUCAGCACCAAAAAAGCUGACUAACGGGAAGAUUCGUUGAUAAGUUCACUAGUCGCAAUGGCGACAGCUUUCAAAACAUGAACUAUCUGACUUGAAAACGAUGUAUUACACUUGUGAGACUUCAACACACCAGAUCACAGAAAUAAGUUAAUCAGGAUUUUUUGUACAUUAUCUAGAUGCUUGAAAUAAUGACUGCAGCAGAUUCCGAGGCAGAAUAAAAAAUGCAGAUUUAUUUGUUUGUUAAUUAUGAACAUUCACAUCCCAACCUCCAUUCAGGGUGGACACCUCUGUUCAUGCUUAACUUGCCUUGGACCCGAGAAUUUCCCAAUAUUUUGGGUGUGAAGCUGUUGUAAUAUGUAGUUUUUGUGAUUCUGUUUAUUAUUAGAAAUAAUGAAAUUACUGACUAUAUAAUUGUAGACCCAUUGGAAUGGUUUGCAUUGUGCAAAGCAGGGUCUAUUACUUGACAGGCGUCACAUGAGUUUGACUAUUUGAAUCUGUUCCACAGAUAAUUUUGUUUACUCUUAUUAGCUUGCAGUUCAUAGUAUUGCCAUUAAAAUUUCACCUACGCAGCCAUUUGCACAAACCCCUAGUCACAAAUCGCUUAAUUAACUACUAAAUGAUAUAUCACAGCAGGAUUGAUGUAAUAAGUAAGGGGCUUUGUAAUCAUCCCUGCACUCUCACCUUUGAUUCGUCACUAUUGUUCAAACUUAAACGAACAGUGUCUCGAUUAUGCGUACGCGCGAGCGUCAUCUGUUCUUUCUUCAAAAGACAAUAGAACUGUCAUAUUGACUCGACAAGAUUUCUUUCCGGACCGCCCCGCCGACGGUGAUUUUUUGUUUACAUUCUCAAGUAAUAUUUUAGACUUUCGAAGAAAUCUUUCGUCUUAUUGAAAAUUUGGCUCGCGGCACGAAGACUCAUCGCGUCAUGAUUUCAUAGCGCUAGGUUUUGUAAAAAUGUGGCGCCUCUUUGUUUGAUUUUGUCGGCCUUUGGGAGGUUCAUUUAAAAGUUUACUAACGCGUCGUUACAAAACAUCUUGCUUUGCGAAGCUUAAUUGCACAAGAUCUCCUUAGCCAUAUCAAUGUCUCAAUGGUUUCUUUGUUACAGUCUUUACUGUUGCUGUUUCAUUUCUGCGUAUUCCUUUCACACUAUCUAAGCUUGUAUGGAAGCUAACAGAAGAAAUAAGCCUUCAAUCAGCAUCAAAGCGCUUCUCGUCUUUUGGUCCUCGGCCAAGGGCAAUAAAAGUAACGCCAAAAAAGCUCGAUUUCUCCCAUAUCGAAAUUUAACGGGAACAAUAUAUUAUUGAUCUGUAAUCCUGAGAAGUUUAAGUGUAGCAAUGAAGUCGGCCAAGCGCGAAGCGGUUCUCUUACUCUCCUCGCAUCUUUUGAUUUCGCGCCAUCCUGUCCAAAAAUCAACGUUUGGUGCAUGCGCAGUAACGGGAUACUGUUCCUUUAAUACAGCGUUGUCAAGAGAGAAUUUAACAGCCCCCACUGCAAAUAUUCUGCUUUUUUUGUAUUGAGGGCUUGAUUUCUGGACUUGAUUAAACUGUGCGGACGCCUCAGGAAUAAGACUUCUGUUUAAUGACAACCACUAAAACUAAAUUUAGUGAAAUUCACAUACCCACGCCAACACCUUAAGAUUCCCUCUCUGCCGGGCCCAUUAAACUCUCUUGGCCAGUAUGUGAAGGCGUUUUCACGGACAGUUUUGUUUUUAAAUGAAGUUUUGGGGGAAAAUUCAAGUUCAGUUCUGUUUCUCAAUAAUACGGUCAUCGAAGAGGUAGCUGAAAGAUGACGGUCUUAUCUCGGUAUCUUGCUGUUUGCUCUUUCAAAAUGAAAAUCCCUAGCCUUGUUCUGUUACAUUUCGCAGUAUUCACCUAUUUCUUUGCACACUUCAGUCGAAUAGCAUCGCAGACGUUCUGUGCAGAUUACAAAAAAAGACGAAGUUUUCAGUUUUAAAAUAUUCUGUGUGCAUGACAGGAUAACAGAUUGAGGAAUAGAGUUGUUUGUUUGUUUUUCAAAACCCAAAUAAGCAUUUACCUGUAACUUAUACAAUAGAAACUUUAAGACUGAUUGGAGGAAGUGGGCCUGAAGAGGGCAGAGUGGAGAUCUAUUACAGAGGUACCUGGGGAACGGUUUGUGACGAUGAUUGGGAUAAAAAUGAUGCUCAAGUUGUCUGUCGUCAACUUGGGUAUUCGCUUGCUGUCAGUGCUCCACACAGUGCACGGUUUGGUCGAGGAAGUGGAAAAAUUUGGCUGGACGAUGUUCAAUGUCAGGGAAAUGAGAGUUCCAUUGUGAGUUGUCGACACCGUCCAUGGGGUGAGCAUAACUGUGGACACAAUGAGGAUGCAUCAGUGAUCUGUUCAAGUAAGCGUAAUAAUAAAUAGAUUGUAAUUUAUAAUUAUGAUUUAAUAGCGUUUAUUAGAGUUGAGGCGAAUAUCAAUUACAAUGGACCCUCUCGGACUUCUCCUUAUUGAAGGGAAAAUUCAGUGGAGUCCCAGGAAAAUGUUCACAGACAUAACCUUUUUAUUUGUCACCUCUUUUGAAGGGACAUCUCUAUUCUGGGGAAAGGAACACUUUUUCUGGAUCCCGAAACCCGGCUUUAACCUCUAUUCAAGGGACAUUUUGAUCAGCACCAAAAAGCUGAUUAACGGCAAAAUUCGUUGAUAAGUUCAAGUGUUCACUAGUCACAAUGGCGACAGCUUUCAAAACAUGAACUAUGUGACUUGAAAACGAUGUAUUGCACUUGUGAGACUUCAACACACCACAUCACAGAAAUAAGUUAAUCAGGAUUUUUUUGUACAUUAUCUAGAUGCUUGAAAUAAUGACUGCAGCAGAUUUGGAGGCAAAAUAAAAAAUGCAGAUUUAUUUGUUUGUUAAUUAUUAACAUUCACAUUCCAACCUCCAUUCAGGGCGGACACCUCUGUUCAGUCUAAACGUGCCUUGGACACGAGAAUUUCCCGAUAGUUUGGGUGUGAAGUUGUUGUAAUAUUUAGUUUUUGUGAUUCUGUUUAUUAUUAGAAAUAAUGAAAUUAAUGAUUAUAUAAUUGUAGACCCAUUGGAAUAGUUUACACCGUGCAAAGGAGGAUCUAUUACUCGACAGGCGUCACAUGAGUGUGACUCUUUGAAACUGUUCCACAGAUAAUUUUUUUCUACUCUUAUUAGCUUGCAGUUCAUAGUAUUUCCAUUAAAAUUUCACGUACGCAGCUAUUUGCACAAACCACUAGUCACAAAUCGCUUAAUUAACUACUUAAUGAUAUAUCACGGCAUGAUUGGUGUAAUACAUAAGGGCCUUUCGAAUCAUCCCCGCACUCUAACCUUUGAUUCGCCACUGUUGUUCACACUUAAAGAAACAGUGUCCCGAAUAUGCGCACGCGCGAGCGUCAUUUAUUUUUUUCUUCAAAAGACAAUAGAACUGUCAUAUUGACUCGACAAGAUUUCUUUCCGGACCGCAUCGACAACGGUGAUUUGUUGUUUACAUUCUCAAGUAAUGUCUUAGACUUUCGAAGAAAUCUUUCGUCUUAUUGAAAAUUUGGCUCGCGGCACGAAGACUCAUCGCGUCAUGAUUUCAUAGCACUAGGUUUUGUAAACAUGUAGCGCCUCUUUGUUUGAUUUUGUCGGCCUUUGGGAGGUUCAUUUAAAAGUUUACUAACGCGUCCUUACAAAACAUCUUGCUUUACGAAGCUUAAUUGCACAAGAUCUCCCUAGCCACAUCAAUGGUCUCAAUGGUUUCUUUCAUACAGUCUUUAUUUUUGCUGUUUCAUUUCUCCGUAGUGUUUUCACAAUUAUCAGACCUUGUAUGGAAGCUAACACAAGAAAUAAGCCUUCAACUGGCAUCAAAGCGCUUCUCGUCUUUUGGUUCCCCGGCCAACGGCAAUAAAAGUAACACCAAACAAUCACGAUUUCUCCUAAAUCGAAAUUUAACGGGAACAAUAUAUUAUUGCUUUGUAAUUCUGAGAAGUUUAACUGUAGCAUUGAAGUCGGCCAAGCACGAUACAAACGGAUUUUUCAAGGUUCUCUUACUCUCCUCGCAUCUUUUGAUUUCGCGACAAAAAUGCGUUUGUAAUGGGAUACUGUUCCUUUAAUUCAGCGUUGUCAAGAGAGAAUUUAACAGCCCCAUUGCAAAUAUUCUGCUUUUUUUUUUUUGUAUUGAGGGCUUGAUUUCUGGACUUGAUUAAAAUGUGCGGACGACUCAGGAAUAAGACUUCCGUUUAAUUACAACCGCUAAAAAUAAAUUCAGUGAAAUUCACAUACCCACGCCAACACCUUAAGAUUCCCUCUCUGCCGGCCCCAUUAAACUCUCUUGGCCAGUAUGUGAAGGCGUUUUCACGGACAGUUUUGUUUUUAAAUGAAGUUUUGGGGGAAAAUUCAAGUUCAGUUCUGUUUCUCAAUAAUACGGUCAUCGAAGAGGUAGCUGAAAGAUGACGGUCUUAUCUCGGUAUCUUGCUGUUUGCUCUUUCAAAAUGAAAAAAUCCCUAGCCUUGUUCUGUUACAUUUCGCAGUAUUCACCUAUUUCUUUGCACACUUCAGUCGAAUAGCAUCGCAGACGUUCUGUGCAGAUUACAAAAAAAGACGAAGUUUUCAAUUUUAAAAUAUUCUGUGUGCAUGACAGGAUAACAGAUUGAGGAAUAGAGUUGUUUGUUUGUUUUUUAAAACCCAAAUAACAAUUUACCUCUAACUUAUACAAUAGCAACUUUAAGACUGAUUGGAGGAAGUGGGCCUGGAGAGGGCAGAGUGGAGAUCUAUUACAACGAUACCUGGGGAACGGUUUGUGACGAUAAUUGGGAUAAAAAUGAUGCUCGAGUUGUCUGUCGUCAACUUGGGUAUUCGUUUGCUGUCAGUGCUCCACACAGUGCACGGUUUGGUCAAGGAAGUGGAAAGAUUUGGCUGGACGAUGUUCAGUGUCAGGGAAAUGAGAGUUCCAUUGCCAGUUGUCGACACCGUCCAUGGGGUGAGCAUAACUGUGUACACAAUGAGGAUGCAUCAGUGAUCUGUUCAAGUAAGCGUAAUAAUAAAUAGAUUGUAAUUUACAAUUAUGAUUUAACAGCUUUUAUUAGAGUUGAAGCGAAUGUCAAUUACAAUGGACCCUCUCGGACUUCUCCUUAUUGAAGGGAAAAUUCAGUGGAGUCCCAGGAAAAUGUUCACAGACAUAACCUUUUUAUUUGUUACCUCUGUUCAAAAGGGACAUCUCUAUUCAGGGGAAAGGAACACUUUCUCUGGGUCCUGAAACCCGGCUUUAACCUUCAUUCAAGGGACAUCUUAAUCAGCACCCAAACGCUGACUAACGGCAAAAUUCGUUGAUAAUUUCAAGUGUUCACUAGUCACAAUGGCGACAGCUUUCAAACAUGAACUAUCUGACUUGAAAACGAUGUAUUGCACUUGUGAGACUUCAACACACCACAUCACAGAAAUAAGUUAAUCAGGAUUUUUUUGUACAUUAUCUAGAUCCUUGAAAUAAUGACUACAGCAGAUUCCGAGGCAGAAUAAAAAUUGCAGUUUUAUUUGUUGGUUAAUCAUUAACAAACCCCAGCCCAACUUCCAUUUAGGGCUGACACCUCUGUUCAGUCUAAACUUGCCUUGGACCCUAGAAUUUCCCGAUAUCUUGGGUGGGCAAGCUUCAAUUUUGUAAUACGUAGUUUGUAUGAUUCUAUUUACUAUUAGAAAUAAUGAAAUUAAUGACUAUAUAAUUGUAGAGCCAUUGGAAUAGUUUACAUUGUGGAAAUAAGGAUCUAUUACUUGACAGGCGUCACAUGAGUGUGACUCUUUGAAACUGUUCUACAGAUAAUUUUUCCUACUCUUAUUAGCUCGCAGUUCAUAAUAUUUCCAUUAAAAUUUCACCUAUGCAGCCAUUUGCACAAACCUCUGUUCACACAUCGCUUAAUUAUAACUACUAUAUGAUAUAUCACAGCAUGAUUGGUGUAAUACAUAAAGGGCUUUGUAAUCAUCCCCGCACUCUCACCUUUGACUUGCCACUGUUGUUAAAACUUGAUUCAGCGUUGACAAGAGAGAAUUCAACAGACGCCUUAGGAAUAAGACUUCCGUUUAAUUACGAUCACUAAAAAUAAAUUUAGUGAAAUUCACAUACCCACGCCAACACCUUAAGAUUCCCUCUCUGCCGGUCCCAUUAAACUCUCUUGGCCAGUAUGUCAAGGUGUUUUCACGGACGUUUUUAUUUUUAAAUCAAGGCUCGUGAGAAAAGUUAAGUUCUGUUCCUCAAUAAUAAAUAUGGUCAUCGACGAGGGAGCUGAAAGAUGACGGCGUUAUACCGGUCUGUUGGUGGUUGCUCUUAAAAAAUGAAAAUUCCUAGUCUUGUUCUGUAACAUUUCGCAGUAUUCCCGUAUUUCUUUGCACACUUCAGUCGAAUAGCAUCGUAGAAGUUCCCUGCAGAUUACACAAAAAGACGAAGUUUUCCAUUUUAAAAUAUUUUGUGUGCUUGACAGGAUAACAGAUAAGGGAAUAGAGUUGUUUUUCAAAACCCAAAUAAGAAUUUACCUCUAACUUAUACACUAGCAACUUUGAGACUGAUUGGAGGAAAUUGGCCUGGAGAGGGCAGAGUGGAGAUCUAUUACAGCGGUAGCUGGGGAACUGUUUGUGACGAUAAUUGGGAUAAAAAUGAUGCUCGAGUUGUCUGUCGUCAACUUGGGUAUUCGUUUGCUGUCGGUGCUCCACACAGUGCACGGUUUGGUCAAGGAAGUGGAAAGAUUUGGCUGGACGGUGUUCAGUGUCAGGGAAAUGAAGGUUCCAUUGUGAGUUGUCGACACAAUCCAUGGGGUGUGCAUAACUGUGGACACCAUGAGGAUGCAUCAGUGAUCUGUUCAAGUAAGCGCGAUAAUAAAUAG